ACGCGCAGAUGGAAGGGAGAUAGGUCAUGACUAAUAACUAAUAGUUCGUACAUAUGUGGAAGUGAGGUUCAUCAAAUGUGUCGUACCAAAAUUGACCAGUUCUCAAUUCCCAAAAAUGAAAACUUCUAAAUAAAGAAACGUGGGGCCUUUGAUGACCUUCCACAUAACGGCAGACAGAGAUUGUGUGAGGAAGCUACACGCCUACACCAAGUUAAAAGUCGCAGCUGACCCGGUCCUAGUUUCCACCCACAAACAGAGCUUUUAGCAGGCAUUCAAAGCUGCCUAAAACCGAAUCUUGACCACUGAUGCCACUUGUCGACCCAAUUAUGAGUAAACCACCCACGCGGAGGCCCUGGGUGAUCUAGUUUUCCGGUGGAAAGACGGAAAGUUUCUUCGACUUCCUCAUCAAGUGUCCAACUCUCCAUCUAUUUAUAUGUGUGUGACCAAGCCCAAACCUCAAGUCCCACAAAGCCUUUCACGAUUCUUCAUUAGUAUUCUUUUUCAGCACCACCUCAACACAGGUACCUGCUUCUGAUAAUCUCUGUCUCUCCUGGGUUCAUCUGAUCAAGCUUCCAUGGCUGGCCCUUACAGCGCCAAUGGUCAACAGCCCCAGUCUCGUCCACCAUAUGAUUUGGGGUAUCCCAUGCUUGCCUACCCACAGCCUGCUUAUCAAUCUUGUCCGCCAUAUGAAUUUGGUUAUCCCAUGCCUGCCUACCAGCAGCCUUAUCAAUCUCCUCCACCAUAUGAAUUCGGGUAUCCCAUGUGUCAGAAUGAGGGAUCAACAAGCACCAUAAAUCAUGAGAUGGCAUGGAGUGAGAAUGAUUUACUGCAGUGGAUAAGCAGUUUCCAGAAGAGCGAUAACUUUCAUUCUGAUCAUAGAGUUAGUCCUCCUCAACCCAACGAUCCAAGGCUACUAGUGCUGUUAGAAAAUCUUCGGAAACUCUAUACGGAAAGGAGGGAGUUGUUCAAGAACAUAUUUCCGGAGCUUGAUGACAACUUUGUGGAGUCGUUUAAGAAAAUCCGAGCAACUCUAUUGCAACUGAAGACAGAUCGGUUGAAGGUACAGACCUUGCAAAGGAGCUUGAGUGUGGAUUCACCUCGCACGCCCUCAAGGAAAGGCGAUGAAUACCCAUCGAGGCUGGAGAGGUUCAAAGUCAAGACUCUGGAUGUGUAUGUAGGGGUGGCACAAGAUGGCAAGGGUGCGACCCAGCAAAAUGGUUCCAAAUAGUAUUUGCACGACAACAGCUUGAGAAUGGGAUCGAUUAUUUCCAUUAAUAUAUUAUCCUCUACUAUAGUCAACAUGUAAAUAGGAAUUGAAUGAUUUUAUAAAAUAUUUUGUAAGACUUUCUUGGUUGUAAAAAGACUAUUUAUAGACAUUGGUUUGGUUUGAGUGUA